AUGGCCGGCAAGCUUUCGAAAUGGACCCUUUUUCUUGCCAACACGCUCAUCCCCGUUGCUGUGCUAUUGUUUUGCUCCGGAUAUUUCCCGUAUAAGCCUAUUCUACCAGGAGCAGCUAGGCAACCGGAAUUUGAAAAGGCUCCGGCAGUUUUUGACAAGGCCAUCUUGAUGGUGGUCGACGCUUUGCGCAGUUUAAUUCGUAAUGGAGCGGCGAUUCCUUUCACCGCGCACGCAAGCUCUCCGACGGUCACAAUGCCUCGAGUAAAGGCGAUAACAACCGGCUCGGUCCCCUCGUUCUCCGACGUUGUUCUCAAUAUCGCCGAGUCCGAGAGCAUGUCGACACUGGUACAUCAAGAUACGAUAAUAACUCAGCUCAAGAGUGGUCUCUCUGGGAAGCUACUUAUGUAUGGAGAUGAUACAUGGCUGAACUUGUUUCCCGGUACAUUUGACAGAUAUGAUGGAACCAGUAGCUUUUUUGUCUCGGACUUUACCGAGGUGGAUAAUAACGUUACGCGCCAUAUCUCGCCGGAGCUCGCAAGAGAUGACUGGUCGGUUAUGGUGCUUCACUACCUUGGAUUGGAUCACAUUGGUCAUAAAGCUGGACCAAAGAGCUCUCAUAUGAUCCCCAAACAGAAGGAAAUGGACGGCAUUGUUGAAGAGAUAUACAAUGCAAUGCUUUCCGAAACCCAUCUGGAGUCGACUCUCCUAAUACUAUGUGGAGAUCAUGGAAUGAACGAGGCAGGAAACCACGGUGGUUCAUCCGCGGGAGAAACAUCGCCAGCCUUGGCUUUUAUAUCUCCAAAGUUGAAAAUACAUUCAGAAAAUUCUCAGCUCGCGACCUUGGACAGUCCUAUGGAGACUGAGGACGAAUUCCAGUACUAUCGCACCGUCGAGCAAUCGGAUAUUACACCAACAUUAGCUGGACUUCUCGGAGUGCCAAUACCCCUCAAUAACCUUGGUGUUUUUAUCCCCGAAUUUCUUGGCUUGUGGGAAAAAGAAUCCGACAGAAUGAGUAUCAUUCUAGAAAACGUCGCCCAAACAUUGAAUGUCGUGAAAAUGGCUUUUCCCAGAUUCCUGUCCGACCCUGAACGAUCAAUUGCGCGCUGCAAUCAAGACAUAGAUUCAACCUUUGACAAGUUGGAGUGCGAUUGGCUAGCAGCUUCGCUAUCUAUCACGAACGGACUUGACAACGAGGCGUCUCAUGCGGCAUUCCAAAAAGCGCAGUACAGAUUUUUACAUGAAGCGCAGAGCGUAAUGAGCGGCGCCGCUAGCAGUUAUAAGCUCUCCAUGCUAUAUUCUGGAAGCUUUAUAGCUGCUCUUGCAUGUAUCAUGUCUGCCAUUGUUGCAUAUCGCACUCUACCGAGGUCUCAGACUUCUGUUUCUUCUACGCUGUUCUUGUUGACUACUGCUACUCUCCAUGGCGCUAUGAUGUUUGCUAGUAGUUUCGUGGAAGAAGAACAGCAGUUCUGGUAUUGGAUCGCCACGUCCUGGGUUGUUUAUAUCCAUUUGAGAUCAGCCCGAGGUUGUAAGGUCUCUGCCAUGUCUCUAAAGAGAACUAUAUACACAAUUUUCUUUGCAACUAUCGGUCGCAUUGUACGGCGCUGGAACCAAACCGGACAGAAGUUCGCAGGUGAACCCGAUAUCGUUCACUUUCUAGCUUCCUCCCAGCCCAGAUUGCUCUGGGUUUUUAUUCUGCUUACAUAUAUGGCGAACUGCCGAGGUCUGAUUCGAUCAACACCAUUUGGAAAUAAAUUAUCAUUAUCAAAUGCGCUGUGGACAGUGCUGUCUGUGGUCGUGUCCACCGCGGCACUCGUCUUCAAAUUAUCGUUUACAGCAGCCGAUGCUCCAGAGAUUUUAGAUCCUUUUAUGUUGAAGGCAACUGAACCGGAAUUCCGGACUACACUGGUCAUACAGGCCCGGCUUGCGUUUCUUGGUAUUGCCAUGAUUGUGGCUAUUUUCGUUUUCUUCAAUGUGAAAUCACGAGGUAGCCAUGAUGUGAGACGAAAAUGUCUCCUCCACGAAGCCCUUACGCUGUUUCUCAUUACACAGUCCAGGGCAACGAACAUUCCUCUCUUCCUCCUAUUUAGAGCCCAAGCAUGGAUACUUGAGUUGGUCGACAUGAACAGCAUCGAAACAACCAUCAAUUUAACCCUGAUGCAGCAUGUGGCAUUCUUUGCUUUCGGUGGAUCAAACGCAUUAUCAUCUGUCGACCUUUCAACGGCUUAUAACGGUAUCAGCGACUACAACGUCCUCGUUGUCGGCCUGCUCACAUUCAUCAGCAACUGGGCAGGCCCGAUUUGGUGGAUCAGAGACGACGAAUCGAACGGCUCUGCUAUCAUUCAACACCUCGUUGGAUCUGCUAUCCGUAAUGGCGGCCUGCACCAUGCUCAGAACUCAUUUGUUCGUGUGGACGGUAUUUUCUCCGAAGUUCUUGUAUAG